UUUCUUCUAAUCUCUAUACUUUAAAAUUAUUUACCUUACGUUAUACAAAUAUAACUGACACUACUUUAGAUAAAACAAUCGUAACGUUGCGCUGUCGCUAAAUUUGAUGUUUUUUUACAAACAUCCGCGACUAGCUUACGACUAGCUUGUAGCCCGUAGCCCGCUAGCAUCACCUACCGCUAGCCUUGUUUACGUUUCACAUUUCUCAUUUACCGCUGUUCUGUUUAAAAAACAAAUAUGUCUGCUGUCUCUCCGGUUUUGAGUGCAGAUGAGGACUCGCUCGAGCUUCACAUGGUGCGGCUGGAACUGGAGGAUGUGGAGAAGCAGAUCCGCGGCCUACUCGACAAGCAGGCCCAGCUGCUGGAGCGACAAACUGCGCUGGAAACAUCUUGUGCCUCUGCCCACAUAUCCAAGGUAAGCACACAGCGUGGUAUUUCCACUCCCAGCCCCUCUACGCCGUGUGUUUCUCUUGCCGGGACCGUGCACCUAGGACUUUCCCAGCCGUGGUCUCCGUCAUGCCGGCGCCAACACACCUCGGGCCUUGGGUGAACCAGCAGCGGAAGUCGCGGGCUGGACCCUCUCCACCUCCGGUGUUCGAGAUUCCAACCAGGAACCGCUUCGCCCCUCUCCGUCAGACCAGACCCAACGCUGUGAUCGUCGGGGACUCCAUUGUGCGGAACGUCCAUGUAGUCUCAUCUAAAGGUAAGGUGCGCACACACUGUUUUUCUGGUGCUUGUGUCCUUGAUGUCGCUGCGCAGGUAUCCGGGAUCCUGAAGAAGGACGAGCGCAUUGGAGCGGUUGUGCUCCACGCGGGGACGAACGACACCAGGCUGCGGCAGACGGAGGUUCUGAAGAGGGACUUCUCCAGCCUGAUCGAGACGGUACGAGGCAGAUCACCCACCGCGAAUAUCAUCGUCUCUGGACCUCUUCCCACAUACAGACGUGGAGCAGAAAAGUUCAGUAGACUUCUAGCAUUAAAUGAUUGGUUAGUCUCUUGGUGUAAUGAGCAGAAUCUGGUGUUUGUCAAUAACUGGAAUCUGUUCUGGGAGCGUCCUAGGUUGUUUCGUCCUGAUGGCCUGCACCACAGCAGCCUUGGAGCAGAACUGCUGUCUGACAACAUCUCCAAGGCACUACACUCCAAGUGACUGCCUACCCCCCACACGAAUUUAUGGAGAUACUAGAGAUCCAGAUCCUUUCUGCCUCUGGAUGGAGCUCAAAUCUUCUCUAAUUCCAGACUGCUGGGACUACGGCUGCUCCUAAGGCCAUACAGACUUCAUAUAAAUCCAUAAUGAACUUUUUCACACUAUCUGUUGUUACCCAGAUGAGGAUGGGUUCCCUUCUGAGUCGGGUUCCUCUCAAGGUUUCUUCCUCUUAAAACAUCUUAGGGAGUUUUUCCUUGCCACCGUCGCCACUCAGUGGCUUGCUCAGUUGGGAUAAAUUCACUCCUUUAAUAUCUGUAUACCGUGUUGAUAUUUCUGUAAAGCUUCUUUGAGACAAUGUCUAUUGUAAAAAGCGCUAUACAAAUAAAAUUGAAUUGAAUUGAAUAUGAAAUACACUACAAAUAUAUUUUUCUGUGCAAUAUAUACUUUUUGUCAACUCAUCUUCAUUUAAAUGUUUCACCGGUGUACUGGUGCUUUAAUUCAGCGUGAGCAGCUCAGCAAGAAACAAUAACAAUGAGACUUGUCGCCGAAACUCCCACUUCAUUUCCGCUCACUUCCGGUG